ACUACAAGUCCCGAAAGGCCCCUGCGCGACUCCGGCCGGGCAGGAUUCCGGACAACGCCUGGUUCCUCUCGGGUCCUUCCGGCGUCGCCGGAGUGAAUUGAUCCGGGAGUUGAAGAGGGCUCCGAAGGUGGGAAGUGAAGUCAGUGCCUCAGUUGCCGAUCAGUAUAUAUUUUGUGCCGUAUUCUUUUAUCACAAAAAAAAGAAGAAAUACUGCAGUGAAUGAAGAUUCCUCUGCAUUUUAGCACUGCUUUUUCUACUGUAGUUGGCUUUUGAAUGAGGAUGACAAUGGAAGAGAUGAAGAAUGAAGCUGAGACCACUUCCAUGGUUUCUAUGCCCCUCUAUGCAGUCAUGUAUCCUGUGUUUAAUGAGCUAGAACGAGUAAACCUGUCUGCAGCUCAGACACUGAGAGCAGCUUUCAUUAAGGCUGAAAAAGAAAAUCCAGGACUCACACAAGACAUCAUCAUGAAAAUUUUAGAGAAAAAAAGUGUAGAAGUUAACUUCACAGAGUCCCUUCUUCGAAUGGCAGCUGAUGAUGUAGAAGAGUAUAUGAUUGAACGACCAGAACCAGAAUUCCAGGACCUAAAUGAAAAGGCACGAGCACUUAAACAAAUUCUCAGUAAGAUCCCGGAUGAGAUCAAUGACAGAGUGAGAUUCCUGCAGACAAUCAAGGAUAUAGCUAGUGCAAUAAAGGAACUUCUUGAUACAGUGAAUAAUGUCUUCAAGAAGUAUCAAUACCAGAACCGCAGGGCACUUGAACACCAAAAGAAAGAAUUUGUAAAGUAUUCCAAAAGUUUCAGUGAUACUCUGAAAACCUAUUUUAAAGAUGGCAAGGCAAUAAAUGUGUUCAUAAGUGCCAAUCGACUAAUUCAUCAAACCAACUUGAUACUUCAGACCUUCAAAACUGUGGCCUGAAAGUUGUAUAUGUUAAGAGAUGUACUUCUCAGUGGCAGUAUUGAACUGCCUUUAUCUGUAAAUUUUAAAGUUUGACUGUAUAAAUUAUCAGUCCCUCCUGAAGGGAUCUAAUCCAGGAUGUUGAAUGGGAUUAUUGCCAUCUUACACCAUAUUUUUGUAAAAUGUAGCUUAAUCAUAAUCUCACACUGAAGAUUUUGCAUCACUUUUGCUAUUAUCAUUCUUUUAAGAAUUAUAAGCCAAAAGAAUUUACGCCUUAAUGUGUCAUUAUAUAACAUUCCUUAAAAGAAUUGUAAAUAUUGGUGUUUGUUUGACAUUUUAACUUGAAAGCGAUAUGCUGCAAGAUAAUGUAUUUAACAAUAUUUGGUGGCAAAUAUUCAAUAAAUAGUUUACAUCUGUUAAACAUUUCUUUACUUGAAAAUACAUAUAUAUAUAUAUGGAUAUAUAUAUAUAUGAUCAGAAGACCAAGAUGACUUGGUGUAAUGUCUAAAGAACUUCUAAUGGGAGCUUACUAGCAGUUUAUCAGAUAAUAAAGCAACAAUUCUAUUUUUUGGUCCUUAAUCACUCUGGGCAAAAGGUAGUCAAUGGAAAUAUUUUUGUUAGUUAUUAUAUAUGAGGUACUGAAUAUUUUUGCAACCUGUUUUGAGAGACUUAUGAGAAGGAAAUGGCAACUUAUAGUGUCUUCACACUAUAAUGUCACUUCUUGAACUCUAUGACAAUGUAAAGUUAAGUUUUUCUGAUAUGCUGGGCCCUAAUAAGCUUUGUACCUUUUUUCCAAAAAUAGCCACAACUAAUAGUAAUUUGAAGUUUUAUCAAUGCUAGUUGGUUUGAAAUUGUCAUGAGUGUUAUAAAUGUUAUACACACUCUUUAAAUAUAUAGAGCUUUGUUUCACCAUAGAGAAGUUUUAAGGAAAUUAUGUAUCAAGUGAUCGUGUUAAGUGAUUUCAUUUUUCAAUUAUGAUAAAAUAAAGGGAAAAUCAGG